AUGUCUACUCUGUACUCAACAACUCGAUUAACACUCUUUUCGACCACCUUUUGGGAAGUUCUUCCCUCACAUUACGACAAGAUCAUAACACGCUGGUCUAAGAUUGCACACCUGCAUCACGAAGCAAAGUCCGACAUAUUAGCCACUGACCGCGCUGAUGCAGUGGCAUCCCUCAAAGCGGAGUUAGAGAUGCUGGACCGGGAUGUGGAGGAGUACCGAAAGCUCGUGAACGGUGUUGAUAUUACUGAUAUUGCAGGCGUAUACGUCGUGGGUGGCAGGCCACGACAUCGCGCUUUGGAGAUUGCGAAGGAGGACAAGAAGGAUCUGGAAGAAAGCUUGCGCUUGGUGGAGGAGCAUGUGAAGGAGAUUAGGGUCGACAUUGUGUACGGGUUUGAAGAGAUGGUGCAGCCUUGA